UUACCGGCUUGUUUCUCUCUCCAACGCCUAAGCCUCCGCCCCCACGAAAAACAAUAGCAGAAAUCACAAAUCACAAAAUCCACAUCCCCAGUCUACGAACAUCAUCCACUCGAUCCCAAUUCCCAAUCAGAUCAGAUUAAAUUAAGGUGCCGCAGCGCCGAAUCAUUCUCCAAUUAGCCCUCCCCAAUUCGUCUUCUCUCUUUUCAUCGUCUCGCGUGCUUCUCAGCGAGCCCUAGCAAAGCGUACAUUUCCUUUUUUCUCUGGUGUUCUUGCGAUAGGAAAUGAGUUCAUUAGAUGCAACAAGAGCGGAGCUUGCUUUGUUGGUAUUGUACCUCAACAAAGCCGAGGCUAGGGAUAAGAUUUGCAGGGCUAUUCAGUAUGGGUCAAAAUUUUUGAGCAAUGGACAGGCAGGCACUGCACAGAAUGUUGACAAAUCAACUAGCUUAGCAAGGAAAGUUUUUCGACUUUUCAAGUUUGUGAAUGAUUUGCAUGCUCUGAUAAGUCCUCCUGCUCAAGGGACCCCUCUUCCUCUCAUAUUAGUUGGAAAGUCUAAAAAUGCUCUACUAUCAACUUUCUUAUUCCUGGAUCAAAUUGUCUGGGCUGGAAGAACUGGGAUAUACAAGAACAAAGAACGCGCAGAACUGAUUGGUAGGAUAUCCCUGUUCUGCUGGAUGGGUUCUUCAGCUUGCAGUACUCUAGUCGAGCUAGCAGAGCUUGUGAGAUUAUAUAACUCCAUGAAAAGGUUAGAGAAGGAGCUGAAAGGAGAAGAUAAACAUGGAAAUCCACAAUACCUGGUAAAGGUCAAGCAGUCAAAUGAGAGGCUUCUGUCUUUGAUCAAAUCAUCUAUGGAUAUAGUGGUUGCUGUUGGGCUGCUUCAACUGGCUCCCAAGAAGGUUACUCCUCGUGUUACUGGAAGCUUUGGUUUCAUUACCUCCCUCAUUUCUUGUUAUCAGCUACUUCCUGCUCUUGCAAAGUCGAAGGCUACAUGAGAAGGCAGGGCAGAUACUUUUUAGUACAGGUUCUAAUGGGAAAGAUGCUAUUUCAUGCAAACAUGUUGAUGAUCUGUAUAAUUGUAGAAUAAUUGCUUUUUUAUGUUUUCUCACUGGACUUGCUACAGAACAAAUUAGGCUUUCAUUUGUUCUUCCUUUAAAUAAGUUGUAUAAGCAAAAACCAUUUUCAAUUGUGCCACAGCAAACACGUAGGCUUCGUUUGGGACCGUUUUUUUACUGUUUCUUAAAGUAGCUAGUUUCUUGGGAUGAACUAGCGAGCUGUUGCAUUUGUUGAAAAGGGUAAACUUGCUCAUUAAAUAUUA